AUGAAUAGCCUUGUAUUUUUCUUUCUUUUUUCUCUAUUCAUUUCCCUCGCUUAUUGCGACAUUGAAUUCGAUUUUUGUGUUGGAGACAUUAGCCGCCAAACAUCACCAGUCGGGUAUGCUUGCAAAAAUCGAGCAACCGUGACAAUAGAUGAUUUUAUUUUCACUGGUUUUCGUGUUCAAAAAACCACAACAAACAUAUAUAAAGCAAAUGCGACACUAGCAUUUACAAAUACCUUCCCAGGUUUGAAUGGUUUAGGUAUCGCUACAUCAAAAAUAGACCUUGGUGUGGGUGGAGUUAUACCCGCUCACACACAUCGAACAUCAGAGUUUAUAAUUGUCGUUAAAGGAUCCAUUAUUGCAGGAUUUGUCGACACAAAUAACACGGCAUAUUUCAAAAGACUCGAGGUUGGAGAUGUUAUGGUGUUUCCACCAACAUUGGUUCAUUUUCAAGUAAAUGCUGGUAAAACCUCAGCUACUGCAUAUUCUGGCUAUAACGGCGCAAACCCGGGGAUUCAACUUAUUACAAACUCAUUACUGGCUGGAAAUUUACCAACUGAUUUAAUUACACAAAUCACUCUUGUGAAUCCAUUAGAGAUUGCUAGAUUGAAAUCGUUAUUUGGUAUAACCAAUGCUUAGCUUUACAUAUCAAUUAUCAUACUAUUUUACUGCUAUCAACAUACUAAGUUUAUCAUUGUAAUAAGUUUAUUAAAUAAUGUGUGAGUACAAUUAUGUGUACUUACCUUUUUGUAAUACGUCUUUGAGACCAUAAGUUGUGUGUCUUAGCUUGUGUAAUGUUCUAAAUUAUGUCAAUCAAAAUUCUAUUUUCAAUUAAUCAUGAUUCUAUUGAAAUGUGUAAUUAUUGGA